UGAUCAUUGAAGUUUCUUGAUCAUGGCUUCUGCUUCUGAUGCUGACAAGUUUGUCAAGGGAAAAAUUCACGCCAAUGGCGUCGCUGUUAUUACUCUUGAUCGUCCUAAAGCUCUCAACGCCAUGACUUCAGCUAUGUCCAUUAAGUUCAAAAGCUUAAUAGAUGAAUGGGAAGAGGACGCGAAAGUGAAAUGUGUUCUAGUAGAGAGUAGUGGUUCGCCUCGUUCAUUUUGUGUUGGUGGUGAUGUGAAGUAUAUGACUGGAAUUCAGGAUUUACCAGCUCUGAUUGAGAUAUUCACAGCGGAAUAUGGAUUGAUUUGUAAGAUAUCUGAGUACAAAAAACCGUUCAUCAGCUUCAUAGAUGGCAUAACUAUGGGUAUGGGUAUUGGCUUAUCAGGCCAUGGCCAGUACCGCGUUGUGACAGAGAGGACUCUAUUUGCUAUGCCAGAAAAUAGUAUUGGCUUGUUUCCUGAUAUAGGGUUUUCGUACAUAGCUGCAAACAGUCCAGGAGAUGGAUCAGUGGGGGCUUAUAUUGGUAUGACUGGCAAAAGAAUAUCUAAUCCGGCUGAUGCUUUAUACAGUGGCCUAGGGACACAUUAUGUGCCAUCAAGUUUCCUUGGUUCUCUAAAGGAGUCAUUGUUGGCAUCCGCGUUUUCAGGGAAUCCUUACCACGAAGUUGCUGCUAUACUGUCAAAUUACAGCACCAAGCCACAUUCAGAGCCACAACUGAAGCUGCUUUUAUCCUAUAUUGCUUCUGCCUUCAACGCGAACAAAUCAGUCAGUGAGAUAUUUGACGAAUUGAAAAGGCAUCAGCAGAGUUCUGAUGACAUAGUGGCUGGAUGGGCCAAGGAGGCCUUGAAAGGGCUUGGCAGAGGAGCUCCCUUCUCUCUUUGCUUAACACACAGAUAUUAUGCUAAAGUUGCAUCAGCUGUCAAAAAUAAUGAUGCUCAUCUGUCUAAUGUGAUUGGAGUAAUGAAACUGGAGUAUAGAAUUGCUAUUAGAGCUUCACAAAGAAAAGAUGUCGUUGAAGGUGUUCGUGCUCUUUUGGUUGACAAGGAUCAGAAUCCAAAGUGGACGCCGUCUAGUGUCAAAGAAGUUGACAUGCAGGAAGUUGAGGCUAUUUUUGAGCCAUUUGAGCCUAACAUUCCAGAAUUGAGGUUUAAGAGCUCCAAGGAGAUUUCUCUUUUAGCCAAAAUUUGAGCGAAAUAUGUAUCCGAAUAUCCUAUAAUAAUAUUAGGAUUACAAAUGAAAUUGUGAAAUCUUUUUCAGGCCUAAAUAAUAAUCAACAUUUUGAAAUUUA